AAUUCGUUCAGGACUCGGAUAACAAUAGUAGAUGUUCACACGUGCUAAGGGCACUGAGUGGGUCGAAAUAGUACAAGAGAUGGCAUUCAGUUUCAACUUCGAUAUUCCUUUACAGACAAACGAAACAAUCGAUAAAGAAAACAAAGACGACAAAGCAAAAGAAGUGGCUCUUAAGUGCUCGGAAGUCAGUGCAACUGUCCCAAAGAAGAUAAAGGAUGCUGUGGAGCACCAACCUUUGUUGGAUCCUCUAACCCAAAUUGAGAACUGGGUGCCUGAAACCAUCACUAUAGGUGCCCUGCCUCCCCUGCUCUGUCUCAAUGAAUCAGUGUUUGAGAAGACUGCUCCUGAACGAGAGGACAGUGAGGAGAUACUGGCCAAAACACUGACUCAAAACUCAGACCUCAUCUCUGGAGUCUAUGAGGGUGGACUUAAGAUAUGGGAAUGCACUUACAAUCUACUUGAGUACAUUGAUGAUGAAGGAGAGACCUUCGCUGGGAAAAGAGUGUUAGACUUAGGCUGUGGAGCUGGUCUACUUGGCAUACUUGCAUUGAAGAGAGGAGCCAGCAAAGUUGAUUUCCAGGAUUAUAACAGCACUGUGAUAGAGCAGUUAACAGUGCCAAAUGUUUUUCUCAAUUGUGAAGAUGAUGAAAAUGAAGAGAAAAAUAGCAGCCCACCGUGUAAGAGAAAAGCCCUGAUUGCAACAGAGAAAUUACAAGAUCGUUGUGGUUUCUUCUCAGGCGACUGGAACUCUUUUCUCACACUUAUGCAAAAUAAAACCCCAUCACCGAAAUAUGACAUUAUCUUCACAUCAGAAACCAUAUAUAACACGGACUACUACUCUUCACUUCAUAGUGUGUUUUGUGACCUGCUUGAUGAGAAUGGCAUUGUUUAUUUGGCAACCAAAUCUCACUAUUUUGGAGUAGGAGGUGGCCUUUGUCUGUUUGAGAAGUUUGUGGAGCAGAAUAAUGUCCUUCAAAUUAGAUAUUUGAAGGAUGUGGAACAAGGUCUUAAGAGACAUGUUGUAUCAUUGACAUUCAAAAAGUGACAUUCAAAUUGUAUUGAUUAAUGUGCCUAUGCAAUUAUAGUGCAAGUUAACAUAAAAUAAUGGAUGCAUAUUCUUUUUGGCCAAAUGGAUGGUUAUGAGAUCCUAAAUUGUGCUUGGUGUAAAUAACUAAUUUUAAAACAGCAAGAGCACCAUCACUGAAACUGGAGUUUGGUGAAACACUCCGAAGAUUUGUAGAAGUCAGUGUUCAAUCUGCAAUAAAGCACUGCAAAACCAUCAUCAAAUAAACAAGAACUGACACAAGUUUACAUGUACCAGCAUACAUC